AAUAUUGUAAUAUUUCAUUCAAAGCAUCCGCUUUUUUUAUCAAUAAUCUGCUACGUUAUCAAUUAUGUGAUAUGAUGAUAUUGUUUGACCAAUCCGAUGAAUUCCCUCUUAAAUUUUUAUUUUAGGUUAAGAUAACAAACUUGAAAUGUAAACAAAGUACGAAAUACAAAUUACAAACAUUUAAUUUGUUCAUAGUGUUGAACUGUUGACACUUGUUGUCUAUAGCGUUUACUCUAACUGUUAAUAGUGUUGUCUAAUAGCAGCUCGUCAGUUACUCGCUUACCACUUGCCAGUUGCGAGUUGUCAGUAGUCUUUUUUCACGUCUAGUCCGUUCACACUAAGACUAUAGUAAAAAUACUUCUAUAUAGGAUUGACUGUUCUCCUUAUUAAAAAUAUUCUUCACUUUUGAGUCUUGAGAACUAGCUAGCCGCCUUAUAAUAAUUUUUUUUUAUAAUUACCACUUUACCUACCUGCUGGGUAACUAUGUGGUGAGUUGAAAUCGACCAUAACUUAAAUCGUUUCGUGACAAAUAAAUAUUCGAUUUAUUAAAUCUCGAUUAAAUUAUUAAAUUAAUAAUGAACAGUAACUAUAAAGUUUGCCAUACCAUUGCUGAUGUGAAAUCGACGAUUUCGUCUGAAAAUAAUUCAUUUGAUGUUCGCAUUGAAUCUGAUUUGCCUGAAUCAACGACAACUGAGAAAUGUAUUUUGGGAAUUGACGAAGCUGGUCGUGGUCCUGUCCUAGGUCCAAUGGUAUAUGGUACGUCUUAUUGUUCAGUAGACAAUCAAGCUAUACUAAAGACAUUAGGAUGUGCCGAUUCUAAAGUUUUGUCUGAACAAGCUCGAGAUGAUAUCUUUGAUGGAAUAACAAAACAAUCUGAAAUACUUGGAUGGGCUGUACACAUUAUAUCACCGACUACAAUAAGCAAUUGUAGCUUUAGGAGGCAAAAGUGUUCUUUGAAUGAAAUUUCACAUAAUGCUGCCAUUGGUUUAAUACAACGAGUUUUGGAUAGAGGAGUAAAUAUUUGUGAAGUAUUUGUAGAUACUGUUGGACCUCCCGAAAAGUACCAAGAAAAAUUAUUAUCAAUAUUCCCUCAACUAAAAAUCACAGUGUCUAAAAAAGCUGAUUCUUUGUUUCCAAUUGUAAGUGCUGCUAGUAUUUGCGCUAAAGUAACUCGUGACGCUGCGUUAAAAAAUUGGAAAUUUAUUGAAAGACCUGGAGAAGAUAUUGAUUCAAAUUGGGGAAGCGGAUACCCAAAUGAUCCCGUAACAAAAGAAUAUUUAAAAAAAAACAUAGAUCCGGUAUUUGGAUUUCCUAGUAUUGUACGAUUUUCUUGGUCUACAGCAGAAUUGGUACUAAAAAAUAAUGCAGAACAAGUAGACUGGUCUGAUGAAGAAGAGGAGGAAGACAAAAAAUCAGUACCUAUAACUUCAUUUUUUGGUCAAAAUAGUAAACAAGUUCAACAAAAAACACCUUUUUUUGAUGAUAGAGGUUUAAUAGUUACAACUAAAUUUUAGUAGAAGAAAAAUUUUUGAUUUAUAUGUGUAUGUUUCAUCUUAAUCAUUAUAAUAGAUAUUAAUAUAACUUUUUUCGGUUCAAAUAAUGUUUAUAAUAUUAAACUACUUACUUAAAUUCAUAAUUCAAUAAUAAUAUAUUAUAAUAUGUAAAUUAAAAUUAAGUAAGGAAUCUUUAUUAAAUCAUAAUAAUUAUUUAAUAUAGAGUAUAGACUAUAAUAUUAUUAUAUUCCCUGUAUUUUUUAAUUCAAAAUACAGUAGUAUUCUUUCCUUUCCAUUAUGUGUUUUUAUCAAAUAAGUUAUUACAUAUUUUUUUUGUAAACACUUCUCAACUGAGAAAAGCUUAUUAUAAAGAACUCAGAUUUAUAGAAUUUAAAUUUAACAAAGAUAGAAAAAGUUUUUUGAAAUAUCUUAUUAGGUUUUUAAGAAAAUUACCAACGUUUUGAACUUUAGGCAAGCUCUUACUUUUAACUAUAUUGAUUGCUUAAUUGUCAGAAUCUACCUAACUUGUUGCUAAUAAACUUGUUUUAAUUGUAUGUUAUACAA